UUCGAUCGCAUCCCAACACACUUUCUCGUCGAGCUAACCUCACUGGAUGAGUUGGCGUUUCCGGCGAAUUCAACGAAACGGGUCAAGUACACAUGUGUGGCGAGCACCUCAAAAUGUCUGUGCCUUGGAACUUCCACUGGAUCUGUGUACAUCUUCUCGAGAUAUGCAGCAAAAUCCAGGUCUAGAACUAGUUCACCAGUUCCUGUGCAGGUUUUCACGACGAGAGAUGGACAGAUUAGUACGAUAUCGGUAAGCGCAUCUGAAGAGCUAAUGGCUAUUGGCGGAGACAGUGGACGUGUUUCGAUUGCUCAGCUUAAUAAUGGUCAACCUCCAACACUGAUCUAUUCGACACCCGGAGACGCUCGUUCUCCGGAUAGAGUUAUGGCUUUGGCGUGGUCUCCGGAUAUGAAAACUGUGUAUUCUGGACACUCUUCUGGAUCACUACACUGUCAUCGGCUGAAUAAUCGCAGCGUUUUUCGAGCCGCCCAUCAGAAGUUGACGAAAUUCGAUGGGGAGAUUGUACAGUUGGACACACUGCAGGGACAUGUUUUGGUCGCCACAUCGCUCUCCGCCCAUUUAUACCACGUGGAUUCUGGAACGAUUCAACAAGUGGGAAAGAAAGUUCGAACGUCUCCAUCGCCUCUCGGCGCCUGCUACAUUCAAGAUUCAGAAGGUGGAAGCGCGUUUAUUGUCGCUGCAAGACCCAAUGGACGACUUUGGGAAGCGAAUUUGGUUGGAGUGGUUUAUAAAACCCACCAGUAUCGUCAAUCCGGACAUAUUCCUCGAGCUCCGCCCAUCUCCUACCGUAACCCAUUCCCCACGGACUACACGGAAUUCGAUGGACUUCACCCCGAUAAUCAAGACGUCUCCCUCCACAAAAUCCACGUCAUCCGAGUGGAAAAUGGACGUUUUCUCAUCGUAUCCACCUGCGGAUCCCGAAUAUGUAUCGUUGAAAUGGAGACGUCGAAAUGUAUACUGUCUUCUGAAUUGGAUUUUGAAAUUCUGGAUGUUUCCACAUGCGGAAACGAUGUUUUUGUGCUGUUGGCUGAUUCGAAGGGAUUGAGGAAGUUCAGUGUGUUCGAGAGGGAGAAAUGUGUGGAAAAGUUGAAUUUGAAGGGAUUUUUUGGACAGGUUGGUGUUCUCUUCUGCUCUCCACACUUCUCAUUCCCAUCUCCAAUAAUAUCAAAAACAAUAGAAGGACUUUUGACGAUGUCGCGGAAAAAGGAAACGGAACGUCUUCAGCAACUGCUUCAGAAGAUUCUAGACGAUCGGAAAGCCAGCCAAUCGAUGUAUGAUAAUAUGGAAGAGUUGGAGAGGAGAGAAUCGUUGAAAGGAGCCAAAAACAGGGAGAAGGAGAUAAUCUUUGCCAACCAUUCCCAUGUUCAGGUCCUCCACACCGUCCAAUGCAGUGGCUACGACGACGACUUCUCAUUUUCCACACCCCAAGCCCUUCGAGAAAGAUCCAGAAGCUCACCGUGCACUCCAGAAUCCCCCAUCCCAACCGCCCAACCGUUUGAAAAACGAGCAUCCGAACCAUCUAGCCUAGAGCUUCGUCAAGAAUUCUGGAGAAAAAAUGGGACGCCAGACGUCGUGGAGGAAGACAUCCUUCAUAGAGCACGGCAGAUUCUAGAAGAGAAUUCUGAAAAACUAGUGGAAAAAGAAUCGCUUCGAACACUGCUCCAACUAGAAGGUGUCAAGAGAGACGAGAUUCGAUUCACGCCUACAGUAACCAUCGGAAAUGCGGCGAAGGCGUUGGCAGAGCUAGCGUUAGCAGUUCCCGUUGAUUUAUCGACGAUUUGGAAUAAUAAGAAAGCACUAGCAAUGACGUCAUCUGAAAAGUCUUCCGAAAAAUCUGAGAAAUCUGAAAAAUCCACGUCUACUAGCACCAAAAAACCGACAAUCGUCAAAGUGGUUCGCCCGGGAAUCCGUCCAGCGGUGAAAAAAGAGAAACCGGUGGCUACAGUAUCCCCGAGAUCACCAAAUGAUGACGUCAUCGAGGAGCCCGCAGAUGACGUGGCAUCGAAUAAUGUGACACCGAUUUCAGAGGAAAUGAGGAGGAAACAAGAUGAGAUGUGGUUGGAUCUAAGACUGUCGCAUAUCAAAAAACAAUCCACUGCCACGCCCACAGAUUCCAACGUCCCGAAGUCUGACACAGACUACACGAUAACUACAGAAGGCACGACGACGCCAACAACAACGCCUUCAGGAAUCUGGACGAAUCCGUUAGAUGAAGAAGAAGAUGACGUUAAAACACCAACGACGUCUUCUGGAACAAUAACAACCACGUCAUCAGAAUUCAAUUGCACAACAUGUGGGAUGCAUCGAUCGUGGGCAGCUGCAUCACUUCUGAUGGCAGUGUCUUCAGGAGCAGAAGUCAUAAAAGACGACUUCAGAAGACAUGGAUCCAUCCCACAGACUUCUGGAGACUGGGAACGUCUUCUACGCCACGUGGCAUUGUCUGAAGAACCCGAAGAUUUGAAUUCGAUUUGUCCGCGAUGCGAAAUGUCGUUGAGUACGGUAGAGCGAGUUUGCAUAGAAGGAUGGAGGGGUGGAAUGGUGGUUGAGGAAGGAAUUCGACCGAAUUUCGAGAGGAUUUUUGAGCGAUGUAUGAAUUCGUCGAAAGAGAAGCUGGAGACGAUUGUAGCGAGAAGGGAGGAGCAGGAGCAGACCUCGACUCAAAAUUUACAGGAGAAGCUCCAAAAUCUAAUCAUCAAAUCUAAGGAAAAUAUCCAAAAUCAUAUAAAAAUUGACGACUUCUCAAGCCCCGCCUACUUGCGCUGGCUCCAAGCUGUUCCCCUGAAAACUCUACUAGCUUUGGCAGUUUUCACUCUCGGGAAAAAGGCGGUAAUUCAAAUAAUUUCGUCGGAUGAGCAAUGGAUAGCCAAGAGGAUGAAGCCAGCAGAUUGGUGUUCGAUUGUGGUGAUAGGGACGAGAGAGACGGUUUUUAAGGACUUGCUGGGGGUUAAGACCAUCACCUCCGUUCUGGACUCUGUCGGCGCUUCCGGAUGGGUGAUGCCUCGAAAAAAGAAGCAGCCAACGACUCCGGCUCGGAAAAUGUCUCCAAUCUCUUCUUCGAAUUCUUCAUCACAAAUUUCACAAAAUCCAGGACAGAUUUCCAGUUGGAUAGUGGACACAAAUGGAAAAUGCCCGAUGUGUACUCUCCCCAUCAAAAUGAUCGUCGGAGGCGCCGAUCGAGGCGUCGUUUCGUACUACUGUGGUCAUGUGUUCCAUAAAAUGUGUCUGGCUGGAAGAUUCACCACUGGAUGCAUCGCUUGUCGUGUGAAAGCUCGCCGAGCAGCUGCCGCCGCUCGCUCUUCAACGACUUCAUCGCCGGCGGCGUCGCCAGUGAUGUCUCCACGUCAUCAGAGGCUG